AUGUCAAGCCGAUUUUUUCAGAAGUAUUUUCUUCGCUGCGGCCUCUGUCAAUCCAUUCAACGCCACGCAAAAGGGUACAGACCGAUUCCAAACCCCAUCCUCUUUGACUCGGAUGCGCAGUGCCGCAGCUACCACCGUGAGCAGCGCGAGUGCGCUGGGAUGUCGGGAUAUGUCGUGACUUGCCGCUGCGACAAAUGCCAGCGUGUCCAUUCCUCGUGGAGCGUAGUAGACUUUCAGGAGUUUCUCGAUGCAAAGAGCUCGAUGACUCCCGAGAAGCGGACGGCACUCCUGUGGCCCCCAGCAGGGAAUUCUUCGGCGACAAAAAUGGGGAAGUAA